AUGGACCUUCAAACCCUAAUCAUCAACCCACUCUCACUCUCCUUUUCCCUCUCCCUCUCCAUGUUCCGCCUCCGGGGAUUGUUGCACAAAAUAUUCACUUCUUAUGUGGUUCUGUUGUGCAUCUUGUUCUGGCUUGCUGGGUAUGGACUGUGCUCUUUGAAUGGGAUACAAAAUCCACCAGAUUAUGAUGGUUGUACGCCUUUUGAGAAAAGUUAUGAUUUGGGUUCUUCGGACACCGUUGUUAGUGACUCUAGUUUAGGCUAUGGGUUCUCAUCUUCCCAUAAUUUUGGAAAUGUCUGUCCGAACAGGCAUUCCUUCUGCUUUCCAUCAAUGUUGUCCGAGUUUUCUCAUAAAGACAAAAUCGGGAAAGAAGCUUCUCAAGGAGAAUCUGGCAGUCAAUACAACGGUCCGUUUUGUGUAGAGUUACCUCAAGAUGGUAGGCAGACAAGUAAUGGAAGCUGGUCGUCUGAACAUGGUGUGUUUAGUUUACUUAAUGGAGGUGUUGUCUCGUGUUCUUUGAACUCUAGAGAGGGAGUGGAUGAGGUACCACCUCGUCAAACUGAGGUUGGUUGUAAAGAUGAUAUUUCUUCUUGUGGAGGCUCUUCACUUAAGCAAAAGACGACACUAUUUUGGUCAAAGAACUCAGAGGUUUCCAAAUCAAAUUCUUUUGAUGGUUCUGUCUCACCUAAUGUAAGGAUUGGCCCUACUGUACUUGACUGGGGACAAAAAUACUUGUAUUCUUCUUCAGAAGCUUUUUUAACUGUGACAAAUACAUGCAAUGAUAGCAUAUUAAACCUCUAUGAGCCAUUCAGUACAGACUUACAGUUCUAUGCUUGUAACUUCAGUGACAUUUCACUAAGACCUGGUGAAUCAGCUUUAAUUUGUUUUGUUUUCUUCCCUAAAAGUCUGGGCUUGUCAUCAGGUAGCCUGAUUUUGCAGACAAGUUCUGGUGGAUUCAUAGUAGAAGCUAAAGGAUAUGCUACCGAGUCUCCUUUUGGAAUCCAACCCUUAUCAGGUGUGCAAAUUUCUCCUGGUGGAAGGUUGAGCAAGAAUUUUUCACUGUUCAACCCCUUUGAUGAGACCCUUUAUGUGGAGGAAAUAACUGCCAGGAUAUCAAUUUCUUCGGAGCAUAAAUCUGUUGAAACUGAAGCAAUUUGUAGGAUAAAUGAUUUUCAGGUUUUUGAUGCUUGGCUCUUCCCAACUAUUAAGGAUCGGUUGGUUGUGAAUAGUGGCCAAUUUGGUUCACCAAUUGUAGCAGUCAGACCCCAUAGGAAUUGGAAUAUUGCUCCACAUGGCUCUGAAACUCUCAUGGAGAUUGAUAUUAUGGUUGGACUUGAGGGAAAAAUUUUUGGUGCAUUUUGUUUGCAUUUACUGAGGCCCUCACAAGACACAUCUGAUAUUAUUAUGGUUCCUAUUGAAGCUGAAGUAGGUAGUGAUUCUGCCUUGGAUACUGUUGGUAUAUUCAUUUCAGCAACUCUUGAGGGUCUAGCCACAUGUGAUAGUGGUGAAAUUGCUAUCACUAUCUCUCUUAGAAAUGAUGCUCCUUAUGCUUUAAGUUUUGUUAAGGUCAUAGAGGUUUCUGACACAAACCUUUUCCGUAUUAAGUUCAAAGAAGGCUUACUGCUUUUCCCUGGUACCGUUACUCAAGUUGGCAUUAUUUACUGUAGUCACCUGCAAUUGGAUUUACAUGACUUUGCACCUAAAUCCAGCAUGCGAGAGAACUGCAAACUGCUGAUUCUUACUAAUGAUUCAAGUAGUCCCCUGAUUGAGAUUCCAUGUGAGGACAUAUUAUAUAUCUGUUUUGAACAUCAAAGGAAAAGGCAUUCAUCUGUCCAAGUAGAAGGCAAGUCCAAGGAUACCCAAUCCGAAAAUAUGAGAACAGGGUAUAUGGGCAGAAGCAUGCAGUUGCGACCAAAUUUCAAGGUUUUAGAGACAGAAGAUGCAGAUGAACUGGUUCUUGCAAACUGGAAGUCUCAAGGAACCAUGGUUGGCAUGUCUGUGCUUGAAGACCGUGAGGUGUUAUUUCCGAUGAUUCAGGUUGGAAGUUAUGUCUCUAGGUGGAUCACUGUAAAGAAUCCCAGUCAACAUCCUGUUGUGUUACAGCUUAUCUUGAAUUCAGGAGAAAUAAUUAACCAAUGUAAGGGUUUAGGUGAUUUAUUGCACCCUUCUUCAUCUAGUCAUUUGGUUCUUGACGAAGGUGCUACUCCAAAAAAGUAUGGAUUCUCAAUACCAGAGAAUGCACUAACAGAGGCUUAUGUGCAACCUCAUGAUCAUGUUACUUUGGGGCCAAUAAUUUUUUAUCCAUCUGAUCGAUGUGGAUGGAGUGGUUCGGCAUUGAUAAGAAACAAUCUUUCAGGUGUUGAGUGGAUACCUUUAAAGGGAUAUGGAGGGUUGCAUUCUCUAGUGUUGAUUGAGAGGUCUGAACAUGUUGAUAGUGUAGAUUUUGAUCUUAAAAUGCCCAAGACACUCAACUUUUCUCUUCCAUACACCUUACUUCACAUGAAAGAGAUAACUUCUGCCUGUUCACAACAUUUAGUGAAAGAGUUAUAUGCCAAAAACACUGGAGACUUGCCAUUAGAGGUUAAAAGUAUCAGAGUUUCUGGGAGAGAAUGUGAAUUAGAUGGUUUUAAGAUUCUAUUUUGCAAGGGUUUUACUCUUGACCCUGGGGAGUCAACUAAACUUCUGAUAUCACAUCAAGCUGAUUUUUCAGCAGCUGUGGUGCAUCGAGAUCUUGAACUCGUCUUGGCUACUGGUAUUUUUCUGUUACCUAUGAAAGCAAGUUUCCCUUAUGAUAUGCUAGGCAACUGCAAGAGAUCCAUGUAUUGGACGCGACUGAAGAAAUCUCUUCUUGGAUUCAUUCUUGUUGCAUCCUUAAUAUUUCUGAUAUUUUCUUUCGUAUUUCCUCAAACCACUGUAUUGGGCUUCUGGGAUUUUUCUUGCAAGAGUGAUGAUAACUUGGUCCAUGCCACCAUAAAAGGUCUUGGGAAAACCAAUUUGUUACAUCAUGACCAGAGAAAAAGUAAGCUCUCCAUGUCUAGUAAGAUGAGUAAUCUAAUGGAGGCCUCUAGUGGCAAAUAUUCCUAUGUUCAAGGGAAUCCAUCUAAACUGGAAAUUUCUCAGCAUUUGAUACAGACUUCUGAAAGUCAUGUACAGGCUAGCCAUGCCUUGGAUAUUCAAAGUGAAAGAAAGUUGUCAUCCACAGAUGUUCAGAGCCCUGAUCCAAAACCAUCUCAGUUGGGUUAUCUCACAGUUAAAACUGGUAAAGAAAAGGGUAGAAGAAAAAAGAGAAAGAGUCUCGGUGCCAAAUUAGCGACACUGUCUGAAGUUUCAAGUAGUCAAAGUGGGAAUUCUACACCAUCGUCACCUUUAUCCCCUACCCCCUCUGCCACACCUAAAUGUAACUGGCCACUGUCUCCGGAUGUAGAGCAACCCCCUGAGGCUCUUAGUUCAAUGACACGGGUGACUGCCCAACAUUCUUCCAACGAUCAAGCUUCUGCCAUUGCUGCUGAGUCAAAUAUAUUGAAGCCUGCUUUUACACAAAGAUGCAGUAAUAGUAUGUCUUCUCAAGUGCCACAUUCAGCUUCAAGAAGUGUUACCAGUUUACCUGUUCAGAUACCUUGUACUUCUUUUCCCAUUCCUGCUAGCACUUUUCCGUCUCCCUUGGGGUCAAAAUCUACUGUUAAUUUACAUGCUCGAGCUCCUGGAUCCCAACUUCACAACCAAACAGCUGUGCACUCACGCGAGGCUGGACUUGCAAAUGAGUAUACAUAUGAUAUUUGGGGUGAUCAUUUUUCUGGACUUCACUUGUUAGUUCCAAAAAAUGUUACUUCCAUGAAGUCAAGUCCUGUGGAAAAUAAUUUCGACAGCUUUUUUGUAAGAGGUCCACAAACCCUUGUGACAAAUUCUCAAGAAGGCUAA